CAGGCCGCCCUGCGAGCUCUCGACCGCAGAGGGUGUGGUCCACUGCGCCGCCCGAAGAACGCCCAGAGGCUGCUGGGCCCGUGCAGGUGCUCGCGGACAGACAGCCCCCUGCUGCACCUGUACCUUUUCGCGGACCAGGAGGUCCAGGUGUUCAAGAAGGGCCAGUGGGAUUCGCGUGAUGAUGCUGGUUGUGAGGACGAGGCUGCCGAGGACGACAACCCUGAUGCCGACGCAGACGCGACCGAGGACCGCGACCGCGACCCCAACCGCAACAGCCGCUGGGGGAUCAAAGGCGAGGGCCGACCGGGCGACUGGGACUGCCCCGAGUGCGGCGCGAGGGUGUUCGCCUCCAAGUCGGCCUGCUUCAAGUGCGGGGCCCGCAAGGACGGCAGCAGCGACGCCCGAGGCGUGGGUGGCAACGACGCCGAGGGCGCGGAUGGCAGCGCCGCGAAGCGGAAGCGCAACCGGAAGGCGAAGACCCGUGAGUCCGACAGGGCAGCGGCGCACCAGUAG